AUGUCUACGUCCGUUACAGUUCUGCCUGGUUCGGGAAAACAAGGUCAGGCCGCUAUCAGUGAACUCAUUGAACGCGGCUACACCGUGCAUACCUUGGUCAGAAAUGCAUCUUCAGACAUAUCAAAACAUUUGCAGUCCCUCGGUGCAACUUUACACACUGGAGACCUUGCGGACGUCAAAUCAAUAGAAGCAUCCCUUGAACACUCGGAAUCUCUCUUCUUUGCCAUCCCCGCCCACCCAGUCAACGAGAUCUCGUUCGCCGAGAACAUCCUCGCCGCUGCCCGCAACAAAAGUGUUAAAAAUAUCAUAUACUCGAGUGUCGCACGCACAGGCGAUCAUGAGAGCUUCCCUGGCUGGGACGCAGACAGCUAUCCUCUAGCAUGGUACUGGACGAACAAGCAGAAGAUCGAAGACUUGGUGCGGACAGCCGGAUUCCCGAAUUGGACCAUCCUGCGACCUGCGUUCUUUGUCCAGAAUUUCUGCUCCCCUGAGGUCAACUACAUGUUCCCUGGCCUCGCAGAUACGCAGCGUCUGAGCAUUGCAUACACGCCUUCUACUCGGCUCGAUCUCAUCGACACAAAAGACAUUGCGAAGUUCGCAGUCGCGGCCUUGGAUGCGCCCGAAAGAUUUUCUGGACAGGAGAUUCCGCUUGCGAUUGAAAAGCUGACGGCGGAUGAGCUUGCAGAGCUCCUCGGUGCGAUCAGUGGCAAGCAGAUCAGUGUGCAGUAUCUGAGCGAUGACGAGGCAGCUAAGCUUGUAGCGCAGGGUCAUUUAACAGUGACUGCACAGCAAUGGCAAAGAGAUGUGGGUUAUUGUGUAGAUCUAGAGAAGACUAGGCAAUACGGUAUAACACUCACGCCAGUACGAGAGGCAUUGGAGCGUGAUACACUGAAGUGGUAA